GGGCCAGUAUCAUCAUCGAGUAUCUGAUAUCAAGACCCAGAUAUUCUUAAAAUAAGAUUUUUUGGCAAGUUUCUGAAAACACUUAUAAUUGAAAAAUACGUAGUCAGAAACAGUUGAAAGUGUACACAAAGAUGAAGUUUUCAAUACAUUUAAUGACAGUGAUAAUGUGCUUGACUGAAAUCAGUGCUUCAAGAAUUUUAGCCAUUAUACCUUCACCGUCUUACAGCCAUCAAGUAGCCUUCAGGCCGAUAUGGAGAGAAUUUUUACUCAAAGGACAUCAAGUUACACUCGUGACGGCGGAUCCAAUAAAUGACAAAAAAUUGACCAACUUGACUGAAAUCGAUGUUCAUUAUUCCUACGAAAUAGUGUCAGAUCUUCCUCAUGUUUUACACGAAUCCAGUCCAAUAACCGUGAUGCGGUACUUUCAGAAAAAAACAAGUGAAAUUGCUAGAAAACAACUUUCUGACGAAAACGUGAGAAAAUUGGUACAGAACAAAACUCUAUUUGAUGUUGUCAUAGUAGAAGCGUUCUUUCCCGAAUUUUUAAUGUUUGCCGAAUUGUACAAGUGUCCUAAAAUCUUGAUCAGCUCGAUGGAUCCAAAAAUAACCAUUCACGGAUUCAUGGGAAAUCCAACUCACCCUUCACUCUUCCCGGAACCUGUUCUACCCUUCAGUGGAGAACUUAGUUUUGUAGAGAGGUUGAUCAGUACUACUUAUUACUUGUUUGUGACUUACCAGAGUAAAUACGUAGAAAUACCAGAAAGGGACCGAAUCUUGAGAGAACAUUUUGGAAAUUCUGUUCCGUCGUUUACUGAUCUAGUCAGUGACGUUGAUAUGUUAUUUAUUAACGUCAACCCGAUCAUGAAUGAUGUUAGACCUCUUGGACCAGCUACGAUUACAUUUGAGGGAAUGAGUCUAACUCCACCUCCGAAACCUCUUCCAAAAGGGCACUCGAAUAUAAAAUUAUUCAUAACACAAGGAGGAAUACAGUCUAUCGAAGAGGCAAUAUUAAAUCAUGUCCCAAUGGUAGUACUACCUGUUUUUGGAGACCAAGCAAAAAAUGCUAGAAGGAUAUCAUCUGAAGGAAUUGCAAAAACUGUUUUUCAUAAGCAUGCAUUGGUGAAGAAAGAACUCAAAGGGGCAAUUUUGGAGGUUAUCCAGAAACCACAGCAAACGCCCACCACGGCUAUGCACCCACCAGUCAAAAGACGUUGUACUCAGGUACAAGCAAAAGAGUAUAUUCAUCCUCAACUUUGUUGUUUUUCUUCCGUUCAUUAUUUGACAUUCAACGCUGUGCAUGUGCAUGUGACAAUGCAUAUAGGAAUAAUAUUUAUGUCGAUACUGACGCUUUUGAAAACGUCGAUCUCGUCAAGAAUUUUGGCGGUCGUCCCAAUUCCAUCUUACAGUCACCAAAUAUUCUACAGGCCUUUAUGGCUGGAACUAGCUAGAAGAGGACACCAAAUCACUCUUUUGACGACGGAUCCUAUGGACGAUCCACCAAGAAGCGUACAGCAAAUCAAUUGGAAUUUCGCUUACGAUGUCAGACACAAGAAGCAUGACAUCACAAGAGGGCUCCAAGAAAACGAAUUCAACUUUCCCAAAAUUCUGGACCUUUACCAGUCAUUGCUAAAUGAUCUGGUAGACGAGGAACUCACACAUCCUGACGUGCAAAUUUUGUUGAAGAACGAAACCGAACAUUUUGAUUUGUUGAUUGUAGAAUACUUCUCUCCUGUGAUGUUUGGAUUUGCUGAACAUUUCAAGUGCCCUUACAUAACCAUAUCAUCUCUGGAGAUACUAAACUCGUACUAUCAUUCUUUGGGAAUUCCCAAUCACCCGCUGUUGUAUCCAGGAGUUCUCAUGCCCUUCGAAUGGGAUCUUAGUUUUGGAGAAAGAUGUCUGAGUACUUGGUUCUUUCUGUAUGAACUCUACAGACAUUUGAUCUACGGCAACGCGAAAGAAAAUGAUAUAGCAAGAAAACAUUUUGGACAGAACCUACCACCACUGGAUGAAAUUGUGCAAAAUGUUAGUAUGGUGUUUGUGAAUACGAAUCACGUUUUCAACACUAGGCCUCUUGGUCCUGGAAUAAUACGAAUAGGUGGAGGAUUCCACUUAGCCGAGCAGAAGAGAUUGCCAGAGGAUAUUGAGGCAUUCCUAAAUGAUACGAAACAUGGAGCAAUUUAUUUCAGUUUGGGAACCAAUGUGAGGAGUCAUCAUUUACGUGGAAACUUUCUGAAAGUUUUAAUCGAGACCUUUCAAGAAUUGCCUUACCAAAUCUUGUGGAAGUUCGAAGUGUCACUGCCACAGACAUCUGAAAACGUUAAAGUUGUCAAAUGGGCACCUCAACAAGAUGUUCUACGACACAAAAACGUAAAGUUGUUCAUCACACAAUGUGGAGCUCAAUCUAUGGAGGAGUCAAUUUUUUCAGGAGUUCCCCUGCUUUCUAUUCCAUUCGUCAAUGACCAGAGAAUGAAUGCCCAAACAAUAGAAAAACAUGGAUUGGGUUUGGUCAUUGACAAAAGUACAGUAACAAAGGACAUUUUAAAGGCACAUAUAAUAGAGAUAAUGACCAAUUCCAGUUUCAGAAAGAGGGUAGAUAGAACAGCUCAACUCAUGACAGAUGAACCGAUGAGUGGUUUGGAGAAAGCGGUGUGGUGGACUGAAUACGUCAUCAGACAUAAAGGAACGAAACAUUUUUGGCAUCCCAAUAGGAAUUUACCGGUUUAUCAAUAUCUGCUGUUGGAUGUUUUGGGUGCUUUCUUGCUAGUCUUUGCUCUUUCCGUUUAUAUCAUUUAUAAGAUCUUUUUCAUAAUUGUGAAAAGGGUAUUGGAAAGAGAACUCAUUAAAGAAAAAACUGCUUGAG